AUGGACGAGAAAGGAUUUCUUAUUGGAAUGCUGGUUAAAGGCCUCAGGAUCUUCUCGAAGCAGAAAUAUAUAACUGGGGGAGGGUUUAAGCAACGCCUGCAGGAUGGGAAUCGCGAGUGGAUAACUUCAAUUGCUUGUAUUUGCGCUGAUGGAACCUCUCUCUCACCGGGUCUUAUUUACCAGGCUUCUACUGGUAAUAUACAAGAUUCCUGGCUUCAAGACUUUGAUCCUGAGCUUCAUUCUUGCUUCUUCGCCUCCUCUGCAAGUGGUUGGACCAAUGAUGAGCUAGGAUACGCCUGGUUGACUAAUAUAUUCGACCGCGAGACCAAGGAUAAGGCGCGCAGGCGAUGGAGGCUUCUUAUCCUUGAUGGUCACGGAUCUCACCUUACCAUGAAGUUUAUCGAUUACUGCGACACUAAUAGGAUCCUACUAAUGACAUAUCCGCCUCAUUCAACUCAUUCGCUGCAGCCGCUUGAUGUUGGGAUCUUCAGCCCUCUCUCCACCGCUUACAGCAAGAAUCUCGAGGACUUUCUACAUAAAUCAAUGGGCCUCAGUCAUAUUACUAAACGGGACUUCUUCCGCCUCUUCUGGCCAGCCUGGGAACAGGCCUUAUCAACGAUUCUAGUUCGAUUUAACAAGCAGAAAGACUCUAGGCCCUCCUUAAGCGAUUCCUCGCGCUCUAUCCUACAGGCAGAGGACUGGCGGAAGAUCGAGAAGCUUUUAAAUCGAGUUGUCACCGAUAUAUAUGAUAAAAACACCAAGAAGUUAAGCUCAACGAUGCAUCACCUCUCUACAGAGAAUAUUAUCCUGAAACUACGUUGCCAAGGCCUCGAAUCAGCCCUCCAGAAUGAGAAGAAGAAGCGUCAACGUGGGAAACCCUUGCAGUUUGAGCUCGCGGCCCCUGAGAAUGGUGGUGUAGUUUUUUACUCUCCUCAAAAGGUUCAGCAGGCUCGUGAUCUUCAAACGCAGAAGGAUGAAGCUAUACAACUCGCCAAGGCGUCAAAGGAGCAAGAGAAGGUCCGUCGACAGCUUGCUAAAGAGGAGAAACAACGUUUGCUUGAAGAGCGAAAGAGAAAUCGAGCAUCCCAGCGAGAAUUACGGCUGCUAGAGGCAGAGCGAAAGAAACAACAAAAGGAGGAUGCUCGCCUAGCAAAGGAGGCGGAUUGCCAGCUUUAA